UCAGUUUCGUUUCAUCCUAGAUGACUGGUUUCAUCUGACUGACCCAGGAGAAAAGGAUACAUUCCGUUUAAGCUCUUCCAGUUCCAUUUCAUCCUAGAUAAGCGGUCUCAUUUGACUCCACCCACAAGGGAGCUGUCCUAUUUAAGGCUCAGUCCAAGCCUUGUCCUGCCCAGGGUCUGCUGCUGUGUGGAGGAGCUGCAGCCGAGCCAUCGCCCCUCGACAGCGACGCGAUGCCCACAGCAAACAUGAGCAAGGAGCAGCUGAAGAGGAGGCUGGAUGCCCUUCAGUGCCACUUCACCUGGAAGCUGCGCAUUGACUCGGACAAUCUUCAUCAUUUCCUGCAGAAGCUGGAUGUUGAUAUCAAGCACAUGGCCCACCAGAACCGGGUGGCUCUCCUGGGGCUCCAGGCGUACCUGCACCAGCAGAACAACCAGAGCACAGAAGCUCUGCAAAGCCUCAGAGCUGCUGAGGAGCACAACAAGGAGGAGGAACAGUCAGCAUCCACUGCUGGAUCUUUGAUAAUCUUUGGGAAUUAUGCCUGGAUUCACUACCUUCAGGGCUCCUAUCAGGAGGCUGAAACCCGCCUGGUACAAGUUCAGCAGCUCUGCCCAGCUCCUUGGGACGCGCGGCUGAUCCCGCACAUCCUGGCCCAGAGAGGCUGGGCCCUGCUGGCUGUCAGAGCCCGGAACGGGGAACGGGCGAGAGAGUGCUUCGACCUGGCCUUGAUGCUUGAACCAGAGAACAGAUCUUUCCGUACUGGGCUUGGAAUGGCUCUUUAUUUCUCCUGGAAAUUCUCCUGGCAACCUGAUAGUGCAAACGAAGCCAUAAUCCACUUGGAAAGAAUUGUCGACGAGCAGCCAAAUAACUACAGAGCCAAAAUAUAUUUGGCCGGGCUACUUAGACGUGUAGAUAGGGAAAGAUCAAUGGGCUUGAUUGAAGAAUGUGCAGAGAAGAGCUCUGACCCCGAGGUCCUCAAACUAUCCGUUCUGUUCUGGAUACCGUGGUCGGCAGAGCGAGCGGUUGCCAUCGCCCAGCGAGCCCUGCAGCAGGACCCAGGCUAUCACCUUCUCUACCAGGCCCUGGCCAGGAGCUACAAGCAGCACUGGCUCCAAGCAAAGGAGGAAGAGAAGAAUAAGGUACUGGAUGAAGCCAUCAGUCACCUCCAGCAAAUAGUUCAGAAACAUCCAGACCUCGACAUUAUACUUCUCAAGCUGCAGCUGGCUGAGUUAUUGGGUGCAAGAGACCCGGCACAGGAAGAAGAGAUCUACAAGGAGCUGCACGAGAAAAUUGACACCCUGAGCCUCAGAUACCGCCAAGCCCUGAGCUGCUCCUGGGGAAAGUUCUUCCUUUACCGGCGGGGAUUCCAGGAUAAGGCAAAAGCCAAGUUCAUGGAUGCUUACAGCAUUCCCGAGCAGACAGACCACAGGAGGGACUGCGGGCGCAGGCUGAGGAGGAUGGCUCAGAUCUACCAGCGCAACGGCAACGCCGACGCCGCCGACGCCAUCCACCGCUUCCUCCAAGAGACCGACCGGCGCAUGCCCUGGCAUUCUGCUGCGUUCAGUUUAGAGGAUGGGGAUCAGGCCCAUCCCGCAGAGUAGGGCAGCGCUCUUCCCAGGGCCAGGAGGCCAAAAGGAUCGUCUGGCUCUGCGCAGCGACCCUGCCCCUCACGUGGACACUGUGGCUCCGCCAGCUCCUCGCGUCGUCCCAUUGCUCAGCAAGUCCAGGCCCACCCGUGGGUGACCGAGUGCCCAAACCUCACCCAUGCUGCUGUGUCCUGCUUCCUUCCCCCAGAGGGAAUGAAAACAAGAGCAAAGAAUUUGGCUUACAGGGUCUGAGCACAGCCUUCUGCAGGCGUGGACCCGUGUGGCUCCCUUGGAACUGCCAUUGAUCAGAACCGAACGCUGAUUAGAGCAAUGUGAGAAAUCAACUCGUUAAUUAUAAUAAUUCUGCCAUUUGCAAUGAACCAGGAGGUGGGUUCCUCCACAAGAUCAGUGAGGAGCCGUGCUGAAGGUGAAGUCCUUCUGUACGGGACACAGAUGAUCCCUGGCCUGUCCAAAUGCAUUAAACACUGCUGAUGAAGGAGCCCACAAGGGUGAUUUUACCUGCACUAAUAACCACACACAUGCCUGCCUCUGCCUGGAUGCAAACCAGGGGCUUUCUUCUACUGGUUCCCACCAGGAAUGACACUUCCAUCCCUGUUUCUGGAGCCAA